AUGCUCUCACUGUGCGCCGCCGCGGCGUCCUCUACCGCUCUCGCACCCGAUGUCUGGACCGCGUCGGCCGUGCCGACUGCAUCGAUGCUCUCCGCCGGCAGAAACGCCGGAGAGGUUUCUCUUUGGGGGAGCGUGAGCCCUCGUGCACGGCCCGUCGCGCUGUGGGAGCUCAAGCUCUUCUUCAAGGCCGAGGACGACAUGCAGAGGCAGCUUGGGCUGCGCGGUCAGAAGGACCAGGACGACACCUUUGGUUUGAUCGCCGGCAUCGCCGUCGCUGGCGUCGUCACCUCCUCUGUCAUCGAGGCGUCGAGCCUGCCGCCAGUGGCCAAGCUGCCCCUCGGCGCAGUCUGCUCGCUCGCACCCUUUCUCGCCCUCGCCGCCGGCGUCGCUGCCAUGCAGGCGUCGGUGACCGCGCUGCGCCGCUUGGACCCCGCCUACCGCCGCCGACAAAACUUCCACGAGGCACCGCUCAACCCCGACCGCACCGGGCCUUGCACUGUAGCGGGCCACUUCCUGGUCGGCCAUUUGCUCGGGCUCGAGGUGGCCGAGUUUAACGCCGCGAGCGCCGACGGAGCGGGCGCGCAGGUCGCCUUUGCCGGCCCAGAGGCGCAGGCGCGCACGCACGACGUGGUCGACGGGCCGGCUGAGCUAGAAGCGGAACACGGGCUGGCCGUCCUGGCGAUGGCAGGCGUCGCCGCAGAGGUGAUCGCGUGCGGCAGCGCGGAGGGCGGGUACGCCGACGUGGCCCAGCUGAAGGGGAUGCUUGCGAUCGCCUCUCCGCCGGUGACCGAGGCGCGAGCCGUCGACGACCGCAUUCGCUGGGCCACGCUGAUGGCUCUGACGAUGCUGCAAAACCACCGGCCGUGCCUCGAGGCGCUCGCCGAGCGGUUUGAGAGCGCGAGGGACGCGGGCGAGUGCAUACGGCUGCUCGAGGCGACGGCGCGUGGCCCCCCCCCGAGGGGAGUUGAGUCGAGAGACUGAGAGGGCGGAUAAGGGGGUGGCCCAUUCGCCUCUUCUGCGUUCUCACACACAUGCUACCCAA